CGAAAACGACGCUCACCGGCGACAACGCUCGUUUCGCGCUUGCCUGCUGAAAAUUCAGCGGCCGCAGUCGGGAAUUGGGGACUGGGAACUGGAUAACUGAAAACUGCUGGAUUCUGUGACGGUAUAGAGACGGGGGUAACUAACAACCACUUUUUACCCCUAUCGGGUUAGAACUGUAUAACAAGGGUGACACAUUUUUUUGUGACAAAUUCCUGGUGUUAUGGCAUGUAUUGUUAUGUGUUUGUUAUAAGUAUAUAAAGCACUUUUGUUGCGCUUUUAACAGAAGAACCAGAGCCACCGAGGCACGAAAUUGUCGCUAAAAUAGCAUUGGAGAAAGCCCUUCCUACCAAUAGAUCUAAGAAAGAGGAUAAAAUGGUGCAAGUAACUUAUGAUCCAGAGGCUGAACAGCAACGACGUGACCAACAGACCGUCGGACGUUUGAAUAAUAAAAAUGUGACUGAAGAGCUAACGACUGAUAGGCCGAUGACCGUUACUGAAAAGGCUUAUCGGGUUGUGACUACAUCAAUGAUGAACGACCCUAUUCGGCAAACAGAUCCAAACGUCGCGCUCAAUCUCUUAGAGACCUCUUUAACGAAUAGAAACGUCCCGUUUGCAAAACAUUACAUUCAAAACAUGCACAGACUAAUAAAUAAAGAAAACGCUCUAAGAAUCCUUCUAAGUAUUGGUAGAUGGUUGCACUCCCCCGCAAUCGAUCAGCCCUUUAACUUUGAACCUUCUGCCCCACCUUUGGCCGACAAUGAAGAAGAAAUGAAUGACUUUUGGAUGAGGGAGCCUUUAGGGCGUCUUCGUGAAGACGUUCUAAAAGUAAUCGAUACAGAUGGGGAUUAUUUUUUAAAGCAUAAGUCGUUUUAUGAGCUUCACUACCACGAUGUAUUGGAUAUCGUUAAUAGUGAUAAUCUAUUUGUCUCCAGUGAGCUGCUGGUUUACAGUGCCGUUAUGAAAUGGGGAGUGGAGGAAUGUGAACGAAAGGAGAAGAUUAUUGAAGAUGAUAACAUGAAAGCUGUGUUGAAAGAUCUUCUUUAUGCUCCGAGAUACGGUUUACUAAAGAAAACCGAAUUUAAAACCCUAAUGCUCGGAGGCUACGGAGGUCCAGAUAGUGUAGGCAUCCAAACGGACAUGAACGACGCAAUCCUACACUACAUCAUCGAAAAAAGGAAAAAACGUCCAGUCAAAGAGUUACCACGAAAAAUGUCCAAGCCAAGACGACCAAGAGUUGACUUGGUCCAGACUCAACCUGUUAAGGAAAAAAUGAUUCUCAACUGCUUAACUUGUUUUACGGCUGUGUUUGAUUGAUGUUUAGUAUAUUGCUGUAGAUGUUUUUGUUGGCGAAAGUCCGAGUUGGCGAUCGAUUAAUAAUCAGAUAUGUCGCCAUCUUAGGAUAGAUUGAUGCCAAGAUGAUGAUGGCUUUAAAAGAAAGUAUAUUGGGUGUUGUCUUUAGAAAAGGUUUUAUUGUUGAUGUUAUAGGCAUAGAUCGAGUUUUAUUCUAUUGAGAGUUGGUUAUGUUGGAAUUACAUGAAAAUAGAUAAGGUUAUAUUGCGCUUAAUAUUUGGUAUAUGGAAGAAGGUUGGAUAUGAGUGUUACGGAGCAAAAAAACUAAACAGGGUGCUUCAGGUUUUAUAUUUUCCAAUAAUGAUCGGACUAGAUUUAAAUGUUAUAUAUAUUUUUAAUUGUAUUUUUUGUAUAGCCUAAUGGUGGAUAUUAGAAAGAACUUAAGUGUUUUUUUUUCAAAAUUAUUAUUAAUUUGUUACUUAGAAAUGUUUUAUAAGGUAUGGCAAACUGCAGAGAACCAUUGAGUUUUUUAAAAUAUAAAUUAUUCCUUGCUCAUUUUUAAAGCUAUUUGUAGCUUAUUAAGUAAACAAAUAAAUGGCAGUGAAAGAGGGACUAUUUAAUGUGGAUCGUUACGCAUCCACAUCACAUCACGUCAUUAAAUAGUAAUAUAUAAUAUAUAUUAAAAGUAUAUUAUAAGAAUAUACAUUUGUGCAUUAUUUUAAUACAUUAAAAACUAAUCUUUUUACAGGGUGAGUUGAUUUUAAAAGAAAAAUAAUUUUGUAAGAGAAGUAUAAAAAGUAACUGUGACCAAAACUAUGUUCAAUAUCAAUAUAUUUUUAUUUCAUAAAAAACAUAGCGAUAUUUCAAAUGAAUAAGUAAAAAAUAUACCAGAAUACCGAAAUACUAAGUAAUAUUAUAGGAUUUAUUAAUAUUUCAGGUAUUAUAUGCAGUAUUAAGUGGAGCAUGUAAAUGAAAUUUAAAAAGUAUAUUUGAAAUAUAAUAUUUAAGGUAACUAAUAUUUUUUAUUGUCACAAUUAUCUUUAUUUUAAUCACAGUAUUUU